AUGGCUAGCCUGAAGUGCAUUCUGGGAGUUGUGGUCCUGGUGGCCGUCUCGGCCUGGGCGGAGGAGGCCACUAAGGUGUUGACUACUUCAGAGCGGAUUGAGAGAGCCAACAGAGAUGUGGUUCGUUCUGCAGAUGAGCCCUAUGUGGAAGACGAUGUUGCAUUUGAUUCUGAGGCUGAGAGAAAUGCUGAUCCCUGUACAUCUUAUAGCUGCAUGUGGCCCAAAUCUGCUAAUGGGUUGGUCUACGUGCCCUACAUCAUUUCCAGCGUGUACACUCCCAGAGAGGUAUCAAUCAUCGAACGUGGCCUCUUCUCCUUCCAUGACGUGUCCUGCAUCCGUUUUAUCAAACGCACCAGCCAGAGAGACUAUCUGAACAUCCAGUCCCUCAACGGGUGUUACUCCUAUAUUGGGCGUCGUGGCAACGGUCAGAAUCUGUCUCUGCGGCGUUCAGGCUGUGUUUACCAUGACACUGUCCAACAUGAGCUGCUCCACGCCCUGGGCUUCCACCAUGAGCAAAAACGCUCUGACCGUGAUCAGUACAUCCGUGUUGUUCUGGAGAACGUCACCCCUGGAAAGGAGCACAACUUUGAUAAAGUUGCCACUCUGAACCAGGGAACCACCUAUGACUAUGGCUCUGUCAUGCACUACUCCAAGUACGCCUUCUCCGGGAACGGCCAGCCCACUUUGGUGGCGAUCCCCGACUCCAGUGUUCAGUUUGGGACGGCCACUGAGAUGAGCCAGAAGGACAUCAUCAGACUCAACAGGCUGUACAAGUGCUAA